CGGCGCUCGUGUGAGCAGCCUGAAGUUUUGCAGGUUAAAUAUCCAGAAUAAAACAAACAAACAACAAAGCACCAGAGCCGGCAUGGAUGGUAUGGCCAUAAUCUUAAUCUGCUGCACAAGAGGACCAGCAUCGGCAGUAGAUGAUUGGAGUGUUGAUUUGUCCUUCCAAAUUUGCACCCCGGCUGCGACUGGAGGUUCCACUCGGCGAACCGCUCGAUUCGUCGUACUAUACAUGCCAAUUUACGCGCGCAUUCGCCAUCGCUUCCACCACCUCCAUUACAUUACUGAGUUUCCAAAAAUACGCCCAUGACUUCACUCCACUACUUUGACACUCAGAGUUAAAGCUAGCCUUUUGAAUAGCUGUAGUAUAUGUUGUCACCCCACAACGAAUU